UGUGAGGCGGGAGAAGAUGGCGGUGCGGCGGCAGCUGGAGGCGAUGCUGCGCGACCUGCAGCCCGGCGGUACCAUCGUUGUGGAGGGGCAGCCGCCCCCCGUGGCACCGGUCCCGGCCCCGGCCCUGGUCCAGGUCCAGGUCCCGGUCCCGGUCCCAGCCCCGGUCCAGGUCCCGGCCCCGGUCCCAGCCCCGGUCCAGGUCCCGGCCCCGGUCCAUGUCCCGGUCCAGGUCCCGGCCCCGGUCCAGGUCCCGGCCCCGGUCCAGGUCCCGGCCCCGGUCCAUGUCCCGGUCCCGGCCCCGCCGACUUCCUCGUCGCAGCCCGCGGGGCUGGUGUCGCUACCGCGGUGGCAGGGGCUGCUGCUGGAGCCGUGCGCCAUGUUCCAGUGCCGCGGCUGCUGGGCCGUGCUCAGCGACUCCCUGCACCUGUGCGCGCACGAGGAGGGCCCGCUCGACAUCCUCGUCUGUUACAGAGUCACGAAGGACGUGAUCUGGGAGGACUCGCUGACGAUCGGCCUGGAGGGACCCCUGCUGGGGUGUGCUUACCACACAUUGACCUGUCAGUUGUGCGGCUUGGCUCUGGGCUUCAUUCUUUAUUCUGCCUCCAGGGAGCUGGCGUAUCUCCGAGGCUUCUUCUGUUUCUUCAAGGACAGCAUCCUCUGUUACCUCUUGAAAUCCCAAAUAGUAGUAGAAGCUUCUAAGAUGGAUUUUCCUCCUGAGACCUUAUGGGAACGACUGCAGACACUGAAGGAAAAGCUUGUGGAGAGCCACACACGCAUAGAAUCACUGGUGAAGAUGCUGAAGAAACUGGAGGAAAAAAACAAUGGGCAGAAAGGCAGAGAUCUGCAGCAGAUGCAGCUGGAUCACUCCCAGGAUACGAAAUAGUCAGGGUCAGCUAGUAAUACACCAUUUCAGGAACUGCUGGAGUUGUUUCUGCAUCUCUGCUGAGUUUAUUCCUUACGAUGAACUAAUGCACCAGAACAGCUUUGAGGGUUGAUCUGUCAUGUUAUCUCUGCACAGAAAGAACAGAUGCUUAAGUGCAUCCCUUCAGUCUAAGAACACCUGAAUAUCUGACAUCCUGAAGAUAUACUUGGAAAAACGAAUAGCUCACCCAUGCAGCACAUCACUCUCCGAGACACUGUAACAGUGAUUCUCUCUAAUGACUUCAGGGGGAAAACCAGGCUUUGAAAUACAAAAAUUAGUUUUCUGCAACAUACAAAACAUACUAAGAUGACAUUCAAGAGGAGCUGUUAUAAACUGAACAUUCUUGUGGAGAUCUAAAGUUCUUGUCCUACCCUUUCAUAGAGAUACCUUGUUAAGAGCAGCCAGCUGUUGCCAUUAGCUACAUCUGGUACAUGAGGCACUACUAAAGGGUGUCCUGAUCGGUUCUUUUAGACUUGCUUCUGUGUGGCCUGCAAAAAGAGCAAGCUAGCACAGCCUAGAAGCUGUAGAGUGCUUGGUGCAUGAAUGUGCACCAAGUGGCACAGUGCUGGCUGGAGCACAAAUUUUUGGAUUUCAAAUUCCAGGGAAAUACAUGUGCCAGCCACCAGUAUUUCUCUCUGUUUUUAAUGGGUGCUGCUUCUUUCCAAACAUCUAGAAAGUAAUUUGAUGGAAAAGAAGGAACACCUGUUGGUUUUAUGACAGAAUAUCUUUAACCCCAGUUCUUGGUAUUUGGAAGAUUAAAGGUCAGUUUUUUCUCCCUUUUGUUGCCUAAAGGACUGAUGCUUUAAACCUUCCAUAAAGUUUAGUAGUUGUAUGUAGUAGUCUAGAGAGGACUGUAUUUACUUCAUUAAUUCUAGUGAUGCAAUUUUCCAUCCCCUUACUUCCAUAUAUGACUGGCAGACUGCACUCCCCAUUGCUGCUACUGCCAGUACUCCCUGUAUUUAAUGUUGUUAAUUGUUGUGUUUGCAAAAUAACUCUUGUUGUGGGCUUGGAGCAGGGAAGGCAAAACUUACUGUAAAGCACUUCAGAGGCUUCAGGGGGCCAGCCAGUACCUACACUGCUACUGCUUUUUCAUGGAGAGUUUGGAUUGUCUCAGUUCGUUCUGAUGAAGCCAUAACUUGGAAUACCAUCAGCCGUUCUGCAGAGAGAAGAGGGGUACUCUCUGUUAAAUUCUACUAUUGUAUGCUAUAUAAAUGAUUUUAUUGUUAGUUUUACAAAUUUGGUAUGCAUAAGUGCAGAAAUACAGCGCUUUUCAAUGACAGCUAAGCUCAGGAUAUCAAAAGUACCUACCUGAAGUAAAUGUUACACUCUUGUGAGAUCUGCUUCACUGCUUGUAAUGACAUGGUAACUUCUCUAAAAUGAGCUUUAUCCUGAACCCUUCACUGGAAUGUUGUUUGUCAGAGUAGUCUCUGUGUAUAUGCAUGUACAGUUUGGAUUUGUUGUAUUUGAUUAUUUCAUUAUUCAGAACAAAGUAAAUUUAUCUGCCUUCCAAGAA